GAUAGAGUGAGUGCGUCUCCUGCAGCAGGAGCUCAGAGGAGUUGAGUUUUCCUCCGCGGCGCUCUGGAGAGAGAAGCUCAGCACACACAGUGCACCUUCACCGCCUCACCGGAUGGGCUGCUCAUUCAGAGCCCCAACAGCCAGCUCUCCUUUUUGAAAAAAACAAAAAAAAAAACAACGUGAGACAUUACUGCGUAAACAUUUCGACGCGACUUGAUGUUCUACAGAACCGAUGCGUGAGGAAAUGUCGAGUGUGGUGUGUGUGAAGGAGGUGGAGGGGCAGGGUGACCCUGCCGAGAAGCUGUCCCAGGAUGAGCUGCUGUGUCGGACACGUGAGGUGAUGCAAGGGCUGGAGGCUCUGCGUGCUGAACACCAGGCCAUCCUCGAUGGUCUGAUGGGGACACUGCGUUGCCUCAAACAAACCCAGGAAGGCCGUGCUGUCGAAGAAAAGACUGUCAUGAUUCAGCGCUCACUGGAAAUGCUAGAGCUCGGUCUUAGUGAAGCACAGGUAAUGAUGGCUCUUUCAGGGCACCUGAGCGCAGUAGAGGCUGAGAAACAGAAGCUUCGGGCGCAGGUCCGGCGGCUGUGCCAGGAGAAUCAGUGGCUGCGUGAUGAGCUGGCAGGGACACAGCAGCGGCUGCAGAAGAGUGAGCAGAGUGUGGCCCAGCUGGAGGAGGAAAAGAAGCACCUGGAGUUCAUGAAUCAGCUAAAAAAAUAUGACCAAGACCUCAGCCCAACAGAUGACAAAGACUCUGACUCGAGCAGGGAGACUCUGGAUGAUCUUUUCCCUGAUGAUCAGGAUGAGCCAGCCUCUGGCAUCCAGCCCCCACAUAGCAGUGCUGUAGCAGCAGCUCAGCAGGGAGGCUAUGAGAUUCCAGCCCGGCUCCGAACCCUGCACAACCUGGUGAUCCAGUAUGCUUCUCAGGGUCGUUAUGAGGUGGCCGUGCCGCUGUGUAAACAGGCACUGGAGGACUUGGAGAAGACCUCAGGUCACAACCACCCUGAUGUCGCCACAAUGCUCAACAUUCUUGCCCUCGUCUACAGGGACCAGAAUAAGUACAAAGAGGCUGCAAACCUUCUGAAUGACGCACUCGAUAUCAGAGAGAAAACACUGGGCAAAGACCAUCCUGCGGUGGCCGCUACACUGAAUAAUUUGGCUGUCCUUUAUGGUAAGCGUGGGAAAUACAAAGAGGCAGAACCACUAUGCAAAAGGGCACUGGAGAUCAGAGAAAAGGUGCUAGGGAAGGACCACCCAGAUGUGGCAAAGCAGCUGAAUAACCUGGCUUUGCUAUGUCAGAACCAGGGCAAGUAUGAGGAGGUGGAAUAUUACUACCAGAGAGCCCUUAAAAUCUACCAGACCAAGCUGGGCCCUGAUGACCCCAAUGUAGCCAAGACCAAAAACAAUCUGGCCUCAUGUUAUCUGAAGCAAGGGAAGUUCAAGCAAGCAGAGACUCUCUAUAAAGAGAUCCUUACACGAGCGCACGAGAGGGAGUUUGGUUCUGUAGAUGGUGAGAACAAGCCUAUCUGGAUGCAUGCAGAGGAGAGAGAGGAGAGUAAAGGGAAGCAGAAAGAUGGCUCCCCAUUUGUAGAGUACGGUCACUGGUACAAGGCUUGCAAAGUGGACAGCCCAACUGUAACGACCACACUGAAGAACCUGGGUGCGCUGUACAGGCGGCAGGGCAAGUUUGAGGCUGCUGAGACUCUGGAGGGGGCUGCAACGCGCUCCCGAAAAAAGGGUCUGGAUACAACCAAUAAACAGCGUGUGGCCGAGGUUCUGGGGGAUCCAGAGGCUCGGGAGAAGCAGAGCAGCAGAGAGAGUCUAAUUUCCGACACGGUGAAGUACGAGAGUGGCCCAGAUGGAGGAGAGGAACAGUGCUCAGGGCACGCAACAGAGAAGACUGCAGCAGAGCGAAGAGGGGAUGGCUCGGGCUCAUUAAAGCGCAGUGGCUCCUUCAGUAAACUCAGAGCCUCAAUUCGCCGGAGCAGUGAAAAGCUCGUCCGCAAGCUCAAAGGAGGCAGCUCACGAGAAAACGAACCCAAGAAUCCUGGCAGCAUGAAGAGGGCCAGCUCUCUGGGGGUUCUCAACGUACCGGACAAACCUGUGGGCGAACUCUUCAAAGAGCGAAAUAAUCGUCUGAGGAAAAGUCGGGAUCUGAGUGCCAGUCACACUGACCUAGCGCAUUGAAGCUCUGCGUAGCACAUGCUGAUGAAGUCGAGAUGGUUCAGUGAUGGUUCACUUCUACACCCUUCUCCCAGCCUCAACUCUUUCUUUUCUUUUUACACAGGAAGCCCUUUACAAUUGCCUUUAUUUCCAGAAGUAAGUAAACAAAUGUAACCUGUGUAAUGUCUUCGGACAACACUAGACAUUAUAUGAUGAACUGCUGAAUAAGUGCGACUAAUAAUCAUGCAUCUUCAACCCACACUCCCAGACCCAAAAACUUGACCUGUGAACCUGCAGGUAAAACUUGUGAAAUAAAAUUAAACUUGGCACAUUUAUUCAGGCUCAGGUUAGGGAUCGACACAUUCAUUGCACUUUCGACCCAACGAUUAUUGUGCUGUAUGUCCUUUUAUUUUGAUUUGUUUUUCUUCGUGUCUAAAGUGUGUGAAGGAUAUGAUAACAUAACUGUGUGAUUUAAAUGUACGCUUGUAGUUGUGAGAAAUGUGCUUUAUUCCUAUUUGGUCAUUUUCUACCCCUUUCAUUUUCAGUAACACUAGAUGUUCAGAUUCAUAAGUUUGUCCUACUAUUCGUGGACUAGUUUUUUUUUUUUUUUUGUGGCAAGUUAUAAACCACACCUGUUUUAAGGUCUCUGUUUACAUUCUGUAAUGUUGAUUACGGCAUUAACGUUUUUUCUUUUGUUGUUUGUAUUUUUGUCGAGACCCAGCCUACCCAUGAAGCCUGAAAUGGUCCUCUAACCAGAUGUUUUUCCUUUAAAUGUCCAUAAUUAAGAAUGUGGAUCAAAAGGUUUCUUAAGUACCAAGGAAAACUGCACUUCACUGGUCUCAUGGAGAAAAGGUUACCAGCCUUUUGUUACAGCUGAGUUGUUGCUUCUUUAUCUGUUACAUUUUUAUAUAUAAAAAAAAAUCUAUAAAGUUAUACAGAUUGAUGUAGUUGACAGACUGGUUCUAUUUAUCUGCUUAUAUUAUUCAUAUAUCUGAUAAAGAUUAUUUUGAAAAAGAUACACAAGAGAUGUGUAUUGCCUCUAUUAAUCAACUCUGAUUGCUUGAGUGAGAGCUAAAAUCUAAUCUCUAAUUAGUGAUAGGGAUGGUUUACUGAGUGAUUAGUCAAUUACCCUUUAUGAUUGAAAGAUAUAAACAUAAUUGGAUCCAUUUAUCCAAACAGUGAACCAUCUUCCAAGAAUUAAAUUGGACCACUGAAGGCAAAGUUCAAGUCUGCAAAUAAAUAAAGUUCAUGCAGGGUUUUUAUACACUGCAUCAUUUGUUAUUCUCUGCAUUGGGCCUGCUUCUCUGCAUUCGUCUGACAAAGUGCAAUAUUGUAGCUGCUUUGUAUGUUUCUUCUGUUUGACUUUAUAUAUGACUUUGGACUGACAAAAGCUGCUUGGCUUUGGUGUCUUUGUUAAUAAAUUUGUCGAUCUGCCUU